UUUUGUUUUUUUUGUCCCGGAGCAUGUGAUGGGCGGCGACACCAGUAAAAACCGCAAGAGAAAGGGACCAGCUGCCCUGUGUCGGCUCAGUCAUGGUUUCCUCUCAAACAUGGGGGUGUCCAUCGCUCACAGACUCGGACAGCCAGCUUUAUUUUCUCGGCCCGCGGGACUGGACGACAGGCUGCCCGUCCCCAGACUCCCGCUGCCUCCAGAGGACAGCGCUGAGACGUCAGACGCUGGGAGGACUCCUCCAGCUUUCAUCUCGGUCUUUCUGCCCGAGUUCCCGCACCGUAAAUUCCCCGGACAGGACCGUUUCCAGAUCCUGGGCUUCAUAGCUAAAGGGUCAUAUGGACCCAUCGUGAAAAUGAAAGACAUUUCCAACGACAGGAUCUAUGCUGUUAAGGUUCUGCCAAAGUCAGAGAUCUUGAAGUAUGGAGUGCUGGAGCAGUCAAAGGAGGAAGUCAUCAUUCAGCGGCAGCUCAAACACCCAUUUAUCCACAAUCUGCAGGACUGCUGGCAGACGCAGCGCAACCUCUUCAUUACGUGCGACUACUGUGGCACUGGAGACUUGUACACUUACUGGUUGCUGAAGGGCCGGUUCGGGGAGGACGAGGUUCGGCUCUUUGCUGCAGAGCUGGGCAGUGCGCUGGGAUUCCUACAUGACUUGGGGAUCAUACAUAGAGAUAUAAAGAUGGAGAACAUUCUCUUAAGUGAUCAAGGUCACCUUCGAUUGUCUGAUUUUGGGCUCUCACGUCGCCUGAGACGGGGAGGACGAGCGUUCACAAUAUGUGGGACGAUCCAAUACAUGGCUCCUGAGGUUUUGAGCGGGGGUCCGUACAACCAUGCUGCCGACUGGUGGUCUCUUGGCAUCAUGUUGUUCUCCCUGGUGACAGGAGAGUUUCCAGUACCUGCAGAGCAAGACCACAGCACCAUGUUGAAGAAGGUCAGAGAAUUUCCCUAUGUCCUACCCAACACCUUCAGCUCUGCUCUGAUCUUACUGCUCACUGAGCUUUUGUGCAAGAGUCCAGUGAACCGCCUCCGUAAUCUGGAGUGUUUCAAGAUGCAGGCCUUCUUUCGCGGCACUUCCUUCGACACUCACGUCCUCCAAAGGACGCCUGUUAAAUUCAUCCUUGAGCUCAGGACGCAUCCUGAUUGGGAAGCCAAAGCAAUGAGAGGCCUUUCGUUGGACUGCUUUGAAAACUUUGACUGUGAUAAAAUCCUUCAUUCUCCUACGACUCCCACUGAACUGUCCCCUGCUUUGGCCAACACGGACCUGAGCUGAGCUGCAGAGCAGGCUUGUAAAGCUUAAGGCUGGGUCUGUGUUUCUGUGCCUGAAUACAGACGCUUUGACCACAAAUUUGAACCUCUGCAGACGAUGAAUAUUUCUCCCCAAAAUCCUACUUUGUCCUCCUCACUGUCACUGUUUCAGGUUGAUUUUCUUACUGGAGUUUCUCUGAACGUCGCUCUCUUACUGUCCUGCUGCCAUUGUAUGAGAAUGUGAGUCGAUAAAAAUGAAGACGUACUUACCUGAGUCACCUUAAGUUGUUACUCUGUGGUCAGAGCAAUGAGCCUAAGGAGCAGCAGCGAGUGGCGCAGAGAGAGUUGGUGUCCUUUUUCCCCCCUGGGUUUUGCUUCUCAGGCUACAUACAGACUUUCUUAACUUAUUACUGAAGCUUGUUGGGGCUGUAUGCAGUCUAUACCUGCAGACACUACUCAGGGUAUUGGAGGUUGUGCAAACUACGUGGGUCGGGUCAAGAACAUAAGUCAAUCUGUAUUUAAAUGUACAGUUAAUAUUGUCCAAAAAAGUGUCUACAACUGAUCAUUAGUCAAAAAUAAUUUAGUAAAACACUGAAAAUGAUGUCAAAGGGGGGUUACAAUAUAAACGUUUACAUAGCUUUUUUUUUUUUACACUACCAUUAUUGUGAAGAGCUCAGUAACCAAUAUUAGUAUAAAUUGUUAUUUGCAAAAGUGAUUUAUUUGUUACAUUUUUUUUUCUUCCAUUGUGGCCCCCUGCACACUUCGGAAACCAAACCCACGCCCUCGUUUCUCUGAUACCCGUUACCUCUAAGAAUCUGUGCAGUGUUUUCAUCUGUAUAUACAGUAUUAACAGAUCCGUUACCUGCUGUGCUCCUGCAGCCAAAUGGGUUAAAAUUUUUAUUUUUGAUAGUAUAUAAUGAAGCAAUGUUAUAGGUUACCUUUAAAUUAUUAUCAUAAUUUGUUUUGUUUUUUUUUCCCAGUAUUGUAAUUCUGUUAAAACCUAAAAAACACAGAUUUUAUCAUUAGAUUUUUAAAUGAACCUUUGCUUUUAUAAGCUCUUUGAAGCCGUUUCCUCUUCUUUUAUUUUCUAUUCUUGCCUUUACCUGUGUUAAUUGUUUGAAUAUUACCACGGUCACCCAAAAGUGUUUCAUUAUCCACUCAAACAAUACUGGGAUAUUUAAGGUUCAACUUCAUUGAGUGUAGUCACUGAAUCAGUAUCCAUGAGAGUGAGUGGUGUUUUAUGUUAAAGGUUCAAAAUAAACCUGACCUGUCUGUAA